AUGUCUUUCCUUUCUUCUGCCAAGGCUCUAGUGGACUUUUCAGAUUACCAGAUCUACCAGGAGCUGAUUAAAGGUCGAGAGGAGAACUCUUUCUACAAAAGCUGUGUCUCAGAAAUGCUGCGUAUGGUCAUGGAACAGGACUGCAUGACUAAAGCCAAGGUGCUUAAUUAUCUGGGCGAGCGUUUCCGGGUCAAACUCAACCUCCCAGACUGGUUCACCCAUGAGCAGUGUGCUCACUUCCUGUUAGAUGAAUGUCUGUGUAUUCACCUGAAGUCAGAUGUGGAGAAGUUCUACAUGUUGUGUCUGAUGACACGGAAGCUCUUCAGCUUUGCCAAGCAGGAGUGUAUGGAGGAAAACCCUGACAGUCUGAUGUUCCAAGAGGUUCUGACACCAGGCCAGCUCUACCUCAUGUUCCUAAAAGUAAGGUCAACGUUAUUAUUUGUUCACCUGCCUGUGUCUAGCGCAGCCGUGUCUACUCAUUUUCAUAUACACCUUAUGCUCACCAGACCUGCAUUUAUUUGA